CCCCGCCACCGACGCGGCCGACUCUGCACACCAGCUGGCCCCGCCCGCCGGCGCACCCCUGCGCGCCAAGUCCGUCGAGUUCCUGCUCGACAAGGAGAACCACGCCGCCGCACAGCCCCCUGAGAAUGAGCUGCAGAAGAUUGGGUGCAACAGGACGAUGUCUGAACACCAGAUGCGCGUGCAGCGCUCGCUGCAGAAGCUGCACGUGCCCGACUGGUAUAAGAAGUCGACGGUGGCCAGCCGGCCCGAGGGCUUCUUGCUCAAGCGCGGCAGCACCAACUCGGCGCUGCACCACUGGCCCGGCCUCGGCUCCAAGACCACGUCGCUCUCCAGCCUCGGCUCGACCAGCCUAACCGCCUCGCGCUCGCCGACUAGGAAGCACUGCUGGAACCGACCGGCUAACUCCCCUCAUCAAAGCAUCCAGACACAUCGUCAAAGACAGACUCCGGCUUUCGAAGAGCUUAAACAACCCAGCGACAGUCAACAGUUCAGAGGCAACCUGCUGAGCCCGAGCCCGGGCCCGCACGUGUACAUGCGCUGGAGCACGAGCCGGCUCAACAGCGGCGGCACGUCUGCGAGCACGUCGCCGUGCGGGUCGCUGCGCUCGUCGUUCAACUACCGCCAGCCGUACCUGGGCUGGCGCUCGCAGGAGCGGCUGACGCAGCCGCGCACGCCCGCGGAGCGCCUCGCCGCCGGCCUGCUGCCAAAGCUCAACCCGCCUCGGCCGCCGCACCCGGACGCCGACGCGGACGCUGACGCCGAAGCCGACAAAGCCGCCGGCGAUGAAAAGGUCUCAAAUUUGUCCGAAGUCCAGACAUCUAUAAAAGAAGUGACAUCAGCCAUUGUCCACUAUGUUUCUGGAGUCAAGGAUGGCCAAAAUGAAAACAUGCCAAGCAGCAACAGGCACAGCCCACGAGGCAGUGGACGACUCUGCUGGUUAGAGAGCUCAUUUGUGGGGAGCAGACCAUUAGAUUCACCGGAAACUCCGCUCCUGCUUACAAGCACAAAAACGUUUGGCAGUGACAGUGAUCCUACUGCUACCAAUAUUGGCAUGGUACCCAUGGACAAGAGUGGCACUGCAGCAAAUGAACUGUAUCUGGAGCUUAGUAAUACAGCCACUGAAACCUUCAACACACGUCAGUUGAAUGGAGCACCUUGCAAAAGGCCAAGUCCAAGUUCAACCACACUGGAAGAUGUACUGGACUCGUUACUGGGCCUACCUCCAGCUUCUCGGUCACCCAGUCCAGGACCUGUUCAUGCAACUGACUUCGCAGGAUUAAAACUUGGCAGAAUGAGGCCAUCCAUGCUGGAGCAGUGUCAUCUGGAGGAAAUGGACCACCAAUGCAGUAAAUGCAGUAACAGUGAAAGACAUUUACAGUGUAAGUGUGGAAACAAUAUUAAUCAGUCAUUUGCAAACAGUUGACUAUGUUCUAAAAUAAUCAGUAUGUAGAAAACAGUGGUUGGCUGUAUGUUCAAACGUGCUAGAAGUGUGAUAUAUUAUAUAAAAAUGCAUCCUUUUAAUUAAUCUUGACUUCACCAGUGAAACUGAAUUUAUUAUGUGUCAUAUGUCUGAAUAUAAACAGUUGUUUACCCAAAGCUUAAAUUUUUAUGCCAGUUGUUGCUUGUAUACACUGUACAGCCAGGCACUCAUAUAAUUAUUGUGAAUGUAUGGCUAAGGUAUCAGUUAGGCAGAGAAAUGCAAUGUAUGACCUAAAUUUAUGUGUAAAAUAUGUCCCUGAAGUGGAUGAAGCCCAUCAUAGUGUUCCUGCAGAAUAAAAUAUGCUGCAAUAGCAGAAGCCUUUAUUUAGACUGUUUUGUGAGCUGUAUACUGUCUGAUGUUACCUGAAAAUAAUAAACAAAUGUUAUUCUUGACACCAAUUUACUGUGAUAUAAGCUUAUCUAAUGUAAUACGUCAAUGUAGCUUAAUUUAUUGUGUAUUACCUAUAAAAUGUAGAUGUUCUCCUGAAUUAAUUUAUAAUUAAGAAAUGAUUGAUGACAAGCAGAAAAAUCCAGUGUAUUAUAUUAAUCAAAAUAUUGUGAGCUGGAUUAGUGAGGAAUCUGUGGUUAACCAUUAUCAUCAGUACAACUUGUAUAAAGCUAACCUGAAUAGCAUUAAUAUAUUAUUUUAGUCAUACCUUCUUGGGCUGUCAGGCAUAUCUACCAGGAUGUACCUUGCUGUAAGACAGAUCUUUGCUGGGCCACAAUGGUAAACCUACAGUGCCUUUGUCAGCUAUAUUAUGUGUUGUUUUCAUCUAUUCUAUUCCUGGAAAACUGAGAAAUAAAUCUCUUUACACCAUGACCCAACUAUCUAACAUGUGUUACUCGUAUAUGUUAGUGAUAUAAUUGUCAUUUCUAUAAGUGUCCAGUUAAGUAACAAGGUUUAUAAUCAGGGUGAUAGAAGCAAUCCUAGUGAUGCAAAGCUUAUUGGACUGUAGCUACAAAUGCUGAGAAACUAUGUGAGAUACUAUAUAUGUAAGUUAUGAUGGAGCAAAGAAUUAUUAUGGUACUAUAAAAUCUUAUUCUCAGCUAUUAAAUUUCUGCCUUUCUUACUGAAACAUGAACAGUUGAAUUCAAAAUUGAGUUCAUCAUCAUAUGAGUGUGAAUUAUACAUUUAUAUAAAUUCUACAGUUAAUGAGUGUAAUAAUAUGCCUACUGUGAAUAUUCAGAUGAUUUACUUUCUGAUGUUUCUCAUAUAAAAAAUUGGUACAGUUCUCAAUGCAUGUCAUACAGCAUUAUCAUCUCUCUUAUCCAUAAUACAAAUGUCUCUUGUUAGUUCUAAAUUUCUGUAAUUUUUAAAAAAUAUUUUAACCUUUAGGCAUCCUCUAUGAGCUCUAUACUUGAUGGUACUUCAGCAUUUCCUAAGUUUUUUUUAUUAUAUGUUUUUUCCUUGAUGUAGGAACACAUGUGAAAUGAUCAAUGUAAUUCACUAUGAAAUGUGAAAUGAGGUUCCAUAAUGAGCUUUAGCUGUGUACUGUAUGGAGGGAUGUAUCGUGUUCUGUUUGAGCAGACAAUGAAUAACAUUUAGAAACUCUGCAAAAAAAAUUAGAAGAAACCUGAUAAACUUGUAGCAUUUUAGUAAAGUGUUGAUGACCAUCAAUUUCAGUAUGAAAUCAAGAAAUGUGUUUAUGGUUAUCCAUAAAUAAUUUACAAUGUCAUACACACACAUGUUACAGCAUGUCCCAUAAUUCCUCUUGAGAAAUACAGUAUAUCUAAUGAAAAUGAGAAAUAAGUAAAUGCAGAGGAAUUAAUUAUUGUGUUCUUUGUUCUUCACAGUUUUUGUAGAUCUGCAGUUUAUGGAAUCAUGUGUGAAUAACUUCAACUAUAACUUAAAAUUUGCAAGAGAUCUUUAUGCACUCAUUGCACACUACAUAGUGUUAUCCUAAUGUCUAUUUUUUUCAAAUGCCAGAUGUAUUUUUUAUAAAAAGGCAUGUAAUACAGGCAGCAGAAAAAUGGUAAUUUAUUGUAGAUACGUGUUUCAUGGUGUAGUUGGCCUUCCACAAGUUGUAGGCACUGAAAUGUUUUCCAAGAAUGGUCACACUAUUUUAUUAUGUGUGCAUGGAACUUAAAUGAAAAUGAGAAGACUCUUUUUUAUUGUAUUAUUAUAUACUUAAAAAUAGCACACACUAGA